AUGACAUCCAAAGAAGUCGCCAAAUGUGAUGCGGUCGAGAAUAGGAGGCGAAGUCCGUUGGACCAUCUUCCUCCGCCUGCAAACUCGAAUAAGCCACUGACACCGUUCAGUAUCCAAGACAUUCUCAACAAACCCUCCGUGAAACGAAGUUACACCAUUUGUGGGACAGCACACCUGAUUUCAUCCGCUGAGAAACACCGUUCCUCCAGCAUCUCUGCUCUGUCCAACCGGGCACUGCUCACACAAACCUCACCACUCUGCGCCCUGGAAGAACUAGCUAGCAAAACCUUCAAGGGGCUCGAAGUUAGCGUGCUACAAGCAGCUGAAGGGAGAGACGGAAUGACACUCUUUGGGCAAAGAAACACCCCGAAGAAGCGAAGGAAGUCCAGGACUGCCUUCACCAACCACCAAAUCUACGAAUUAGAGAAAAGAUUCCUGUAUCAGAAAUAUUUGUCUCCCGCUGACCGAGACCAAAUCGCCCAACAAUUGGGUCUAACGAACGCCCAAGUCAUCACGUGGUUCCAGAACAGGAGAGCCAAACUAAAGCGAGAUCUGGAAGAGAUGAAGGCCGACGUGGAGUCGGCCAAAACUAUAGGUGACGGUGUUGUACCUCUUGAGAAACUCGCCAAGCUCGCUGACCUCGAGAAAUGCGCCAAUGGAACACUCGGACAUCACCCGCGAGCCGAUUCUCCCGCGCAGAAUGGCGGACGAGAGUACGAGCUCGCUCGCAAGCUGCGGAUGUCCCCCCUGUCGCCAUUUUCAGACCACACAACAAGUAAAGAAUGCUCAGAGGACGACGAAGACCUAGAAAUUGAUGUGGAUGACUGA